AGAGUAAUAUUACCCGAGUAAUAUCACUCGCAUUACUUACACAUGUCUAUUUUCCAACUAAUUGUAUUAGUUUUCCAAUUACAGAGCAUAAUGCGACAAUUAGUUUUCCAAUUACAGAGCAUAAUGCGACUCAGUGACGCACAAUGCCGAAUUAUGCUGAAGCUUAGUUGAGCAUUAUGCCGCUUAAUGCGCUCUUGUGCUGUAAUUGGAAAACUACCAUUUUCAUUUUUCGCUAGAAGUAUUAGUGUUCUGUGGGACGAAAAAGUUAUUGAUGAAUACGAAGAUGAUGAAGUAUUUGAUGAUUCUACAUUUUUGGCGAAUUUUGCAAACACUUCCUUCGAUAAACCUAAGUUGCACGUAAAAACCUCAAAUGGAUCAUUAAAUAAAAAUGAUUUGAAUGUAAGUGCAUUAUGUUGUGAUGAGGAGUUAAAUGGCUAUGACAAACUAUUAGGACAAACAUGGAUUUACCCAACAAACUAUCCAGUCAGAGAUUAUCAGUUCAAUAUCAUAAAUGCUGCACUAGUGAAAAACACUUUGGUGAGUCUGCCCACAGGCUUGGGCAAGACAUUCAUAGCAGCUGUUGUUAUGUACAAUUUCUACAGAUGGUAUCCACUAGGCAAGAUUGUUUUUACAGCACCCACCAGACCACUUGUGGCUCAACAAAUAGAUGCCUGUUAUAAUAUUGUAGCUAUACCGCCGAGGGAUACUAUAGAAAUGACAGGUCACAUGCAAACCUCGACAAGAAAAUUACACUGGCAAAAUAAAAGGGUAUUCUUUGCCACUCCACAAGUUAUAUACAAUGACAUAAAAUCAGGUAUAUGUCCUGGAGAUAAGAUCCGUUGUUUGGUAAUAGAUGAAGCUCAUAGAGCUAGGAAGAAUUAUGCAUACUGUCAGAUUAUUAAUGCCUUAGAUGAUAUGGGACACAAGACAUAUAGGAUAUUGGCAUUAUCUGCAACACCAGGUAGUAAAGUGGAUGAUGUUGUCAAUGUUGUGAAAAGUUUGCAUAUAGCAAAUUUAGAACUGCGAUCAGAAGAGUGCAUAGACGUGGCACGUUACAGUCAUUCUCGAAAAAUCAACACGGUUAUUAUACCUUUAGGAACAGAGCUGACUCACCUGAAACAAAGAUAUGUUGAGAUUCUAGACUGUUAUGCAAGACGACUGAAACAAUUGAACAUUCUGCCCCAGAAUCUAGGAAAUUUAUCAAAAGGGAGAAUAGUCAUGAUGUACAAAGACUUCCAAACGAAAGACCGCAGUAAUAGGCAUCCACAACACAACUACAUUAUGAAAGAUUUCAUGAUGCUCAUCGCUCUAUUCCACGGGCUCGAACUCUUAACCAAGCAUGGUUCGAGAGUAUUCCUGAAUUUCUUUGAUGAGCACCCUGAAAAGUCAUGGAUUCAGUCGGAUGAUAAAUUAACGGGACUUUUGGAACAGCUGAGAGACGAUUUAGGCAUCAAUCCUAUGUCUUUGAAUACCAGCAUUUUGCCCGAUGGAACUAUACCGGAGAUUCCUAAAAAUUUAAGUUUUGGCCAUCCCAAAUUCUAUAAGUUGAAAGAAAUAAUGAUGGAACAUUUCACGAAGGCCCAACAAAAUGGGCAGGACACUAGGGCCAUUGUGUUCUGUGAAUAUCGCGAGAGUGUGAACUUGGUGCACUGUCUGCUGCUGCAGUGUCGUCCUCUCAUUACUCCUCAGACGUUUGUCGGACAAGGAGCUUCAGGUAAGGACGGCAGGACGGUGGUGUCGCAGCCGCAGCAGCUGCGCGUGAUGCGUGCGUUCCGCGCGGGCGCGUGCAACACGCUCGUCGCCACGUGCGUCGCCGAGGAGGGACUGGACGUCGGCUCCGUCGACCUCAUCCUCUGCUUCGACAUCUCCACGAGGUCGCCCGUCAGGCUCGUGCAAAGGUGCGGUAGGACGGGUCGCGAACGUGGAGGACAAGUGUAUAUUCUAGUCACGGAAGGAAGGGAGCAUCAGACAUUAAUGGAUUGUAUGCGUCAAAGGGACGGACUGAACGCGAAACUGUUGCAGUCAAACGAAAUCAAGGAGAGCCUUUACAAGCGCAACCCGCGCAUGAUGCCGCACGACUUCACGCCCAAAUGUCAAAUGUUGCACAUCACGGUCGCCAAGAGAAACGAAACGAAACAAAACAAUGAGAAUUGUAAAAAGGGUCAGAAGAACAUUCGUUCAAUGCUGCUAAGCAAAUCGAAGGAGCCUUCGAAUACAACGAAAAAAUCGAAAGGCAAAUCGGAACUCAUAACAAAUGAACAAUACGGCAAAUUGUCGCCCGAGACCAUCUCUGAGAAUAAAUACUUUGCUGAACACAAAGAAUACUGGUCCAUGGACAGAGAAACAUAUCUAAAGGAUGAUAGUAAUGUUGAAACAAAUUUGGAUAUGUCGAAGUGGUUGGAACUGCAGAGAACUCUACAGGACACUGUGAACGUUGAACAUUCGGAGGACACAGUUCUUCUGACCGAACUACUUCAGUUCAGUAAAACGAAAAAAAACGAAUUGAAAAAUUCACAGAACAGUCUCGCUUCACAAGAAUUCCUCACAAAAUUGCAAAAGCCCUCUCCGGUUAAAUCGAAACAGGCAAGGAAGAGGCAAAAGAUGGCGAGCUCGCCCGGCAAAAAGAACGGAGAUAUCAGGGCCUUAUUCAGUACGGCGACCAAGUCGACCAAAAGCUACACGAAAUUAAUCAACGAUUUAGGCCUCCAAAAUGAUAACACGGCACCCGUUGCCUUCGUCGACCUUCUUGUGGAUUUGAACUUAAAUAACUCGAACUCGGAGAACAAAUGUUAUAUCUGUGAAAACUUGUGCGAAUGUAAAAUUUUCAACGGUGUGUCAGAUAAAAAACAAACUUCCGGUCUUUUGAUCAAUUUGAAUGAAAUAAAUUUACCCGAUGUAGAUCUAAUCGAUUACAUUUCUGCGAAGUCUAUUAGUGAAUACCGGAAUAGGGCUGUCGAGGAUCGAGCUUCACCUGACGUCAACAAAACAGAUUUAGCUGAAAAAAAUGUUUCAGCUAACUUUGAUUUAGACUUGGAAUUCGACUCACAGAUCUUUAGUGAGAAAUCGAAUGACAAUGAAUUUGAAAAAGAUGAGGUGAAUAGAGAGAACAAUUUUGAUAUAGGAGAACUUCAUGAUAUAUUUGCCAACAGUAGUCCUUUGGACAAUUUUGAAGCUGAAAAAACUGAUAAACCUGAAGAAAAUGAGAAGAAGGUUCUGAGUUUUUUCGGUCUCGACAGCGUUGAAGAUAUAUUUGCCGAUUACGAAGAUAGUUUCGAUAAGAAAUGCGACGAACCAGAGAUGAAAGAUAUCGAGGCAGAUAAAACUGACGAUGUGACAUUCCUAAACGUUCGUUCCACAACAGAAACUCACAAACCAAUGCCAGAUGAAAAUCCGUUAAGUCCAUCUAUUUUAUCUGGAAGAGUUAAACCCAAAGAACAGGUGACGUCGCCUAUACUCUGUUCUCAAAAAGGCAAAUUCGAGCUGAGCACCAAGAAAGAGAUACAUCGGAACUCUACACCGAUCGCUAAAAAGAGUCUAUUAUUUGAUAAAAUAGACAACAAUGCAAGUUCUAAAAAUAAAAAUACAUCAAACACAACCGAAGAUAGUACGUUUACAAUAACCCAAGUACUUGAAUUAAUUAACAAAAAAACCGAAGAUGAGAAAGCACUUGAAUCGGUAGCUACACAUUCAAAAACUGAUAUAAACGACAAUGAGGAUAAUUUAUGCGUUUCUCCUAUUCUACCAUCACAGACUGAACGCAAGAAGUUAACCGAUUUGACGAAAUCUAAUAGAAACUCUUAUUCCAGAGAUCUUUCACAAAAGUCAAGUAUAAUAAUUUCAGAUAGUGACAGCGAUUCCAAGGACACAGUCAUCUAUGAUGCGGCUGAUGUAUUUGGCAAAAGCGAACGUGAAAAUAAUAGUGAAAGUGGCGGCUCGAUUUCUCAUUCCGACCAAGUUUCUAGUUUAAUGCAAGAUAAAUUCCCUGUACAAAUUGACUCUAAACGUAAAUUAGUAAUGGACGAUGACGAGAUAGCUUCUCCGUAUUUUAGUAAAAAACCAAAGUUAACAAAGAGCCCCGACAAACAGAGAACAUUAAAAGAAAAGAUUUUGGCUUCCGUUAGUUCGUUCAAGGUUAAACAAAAGUUCGAUAACUUCCAUUGCUCCGUUUCCCAAAGCAACGUCUUGUCGCAAAAGGAAAAUAGAAAUCCACAAUUUGCUUCUCAAUUUGCGAAAACUACAAGCGCUACCGAGAAAGAUGUCAAAGGAAAUUUGGAGUUCUUGCAAAACUAUCGACGCGAUCCAAAUAAGCUGCAACAAAGCUUAAUGAAUAAGUUUAGUACAAUAUUUAAUAAUAGAAGCCCUGAGAAAUUACAAUCACCGCAAAAACGGAAAAUUGCUUUCGACGAUAGCGAUGACGAUUUCAUCUUAGAUGAUAAAAAUAAAUUUGCCGACAGUCCCGCGCGAAAAAGUUCGCCCAAAACAAUCAAAAUUAAAAAAAAAAAAAAGAAAUGUAACUCUUACUUGGAUCUGGAAGCAGAACUGUCUGAUGAAGAUGAUCGCGACAGUGGUGAUGAACUGUCAGACGAAAGCGUCGGUAGUAUCAUCGACUUCAUAUGUGACGACAACGUAACGCAACACGAGGAUGUGCAGGCACUUUACCUCAAAACAACAAAGAGUCCCCUAAAACAAGGAGGCUUCAAGAUACCGGAGUUACCUAGAAGACUGAAGGAAGAUAUUUUAUCGCAAUUUGUUGAAGAAGAUUCAUAUGAAAUGGAUAGUUUCUGUGUAGACUCUCAUAUUGGACUUACUCAAGUCAAUGAAGUCUCUGCACUUGAAGUGGCGGAAAUGGUUUUAGAAAAACGCAGAAAAAAGAAGAAGAAAAGUAGAAUACAGGAGCCACAGUCUCCAGAAGCUGGUGACAGUCCUCUUGUGAAGCGAAGUAACAAAAAUUGUAAGAGGUCAAUACAAAGCGAUUCAGAUGACAGCAGCUGACGUAUGUUAAUAAUAGAUUAUAAUAUUUAAUUUUAGAAUAUGAAUUUGAGAAAGAACCAUCAAAAUAACUUGUUAGUAGUCUGUAGUCUUUUUCUUUUUAGCCGACUUCAAAAAAGGAGGAGGUUCUCAAUUCGUCGUAUUUUUUUUUUUUUGUUUUUAACAUCAACUUAGCAACAACGAAUUGCUGUAACUAUUUAAGAGACAUGCUGAAUGUUCUCCUAGACUCUAGAGCAAUUUUGUGUGUUACAUAUUUAUGGUUUCAUGCAUUUCAAGUUUCCAAUCUUGAUGGAUAGUGUCGUACACUUGUAACCAAGCCAACAAUUAUAUUAUGGCCUACUAGAAAUUCAAUAUUAAAUUUAAAUUUAAUUUGUUAAUUGAUGAUCUUUGUAUCCGUAGAUUCGUAUAUACAUUUGGUUCUGUGAUAUAAAUUAUCAAUCUAACUGUAAAUAUCAAUUAUAAUCGAGAUAUAUUGUACUACGAAUUAUGUCAUUUGUAAAUAAUAGUAUAUUGUAAUACAUACAUGUAAAGAUAAAUGUGACCAGUUUUUUCUUCCAUACUAAAACUACAGAGUAACCUCGCAAAAAAUAUACAUACCUUACCAUCGAAAGAAGAUUGAUGUUGGUAAAUUUCCGCAAUGUCAAUAAUCUAAAGUAUGGAGUUCUUAUAUCCAUUAUAUAAAUAGUAUAUAAACUAAAUCUUUAACAUUCUAAUGGAUUUAACUACAUUGAAACAAAAAAUACUACUUAUUUAUGAUUUAUUCUGACCUUAUUGUGUAGAUAUAAUCGUUGUUUUUUUUUUAAAUUAUAGUGUGACUAAUGAUCUAAUGCGAAAAUAAACACGCACACUGGUAAACAUGUGUUGUCGAACCAUUAAAAAUGAGGUUUAAAAAACUAUAAUGGAAACCUGAUAUUUAUUACAUAUUUUUGUUAUAAUCCUACUACCUAUUAUUCCAGUGUUUAUUAUUGUUACUCAUCUUCUAAUAGAAACGUUGUCAUUAACUAUACUACAGAUAGUCUUGAUCCACUGUUUAGUUUUUACUAUUAAUUCAUCAGCACUAAAUAUCAGAUACGUCGAUACAGAGGUAAAACUUUUAACUGCAGCUUCAAAUGUAUGAGAAACAAUUUUGCGGACAAACGAUAAUAUCUUCCUUAACUUAGUGCGUCAUUACUCCAUUUUAAUAUUUACAAGAACAUUUUUAUGCAGUCGUUUUUUGAGAAUUAACAUUUUCGGAAACUUGACUUUUCUUCCCUUUCUGCAUGUUUUCUACCUCGGUCUGUAGUUCUGAGUAUCGCUUUUGCAAAAGCUUCUCGCGUUCAGUCUGUCGGCUGACGUCUUCGGUCAACGAUUCUAUUCUACGUGGAAUGGCCGCUUUCUCCUGUUCAGCCAAGAAUUUAAAGGUCGAUAAUUCUAAAUUAGCUUGUUCUAUUUGAUCUUGUAAUUCUUGAAACUGUUUUAUGAGAGCUGCGGCACGACUCUGGUAACCUCCUGUUAGCACACGAAGUUUCUUUUCCAUUUUUGAACAUUUUUUUGCUUCCUUCGCCAUGUGAUUUCUAUUCUGCUCUAAUCUUUUCUCAGCAGAUUCUAAACGAUCCUUCUUGCUUGCCAAAUUAGCACGCGUGUAACGAUGUUGACCGGGUAGAAAAAGUACCUAUAGGAAAAUGUGUGUAAUUACUGUAAUGUGCUAAUUGAUUGAUUUCUUUAAUCCUACGAUUCAGUUAGUAAAAAGGAUUAUUGGAAAAUUAUAUAUAGAUUUAACAUUAUAAGCAUUUUGAUCUCGGCCACUUCUGUACCACCACUUCACAUUAUAUUUAGUAUAAUAAGUAUUAUUACAUUAUAUUUGCAAGCCA